ACUGUUAGAGCGUGCGUGCGAGGAGGAGGCGACCCGUUUCGCUCUUUUGUCCAUGCCGAACUUCGGAACAAUUUGAGGACUAACUAAACCCUUCAACAUGGCUUCAUCCGGAGGAGUUAUUUCACUCGUGGUCGUCGGCAAAAUAUCGGCGUUGUGACAUGGUGCACUUUGUCCCGAGAGUGGAUUUACGGGACUCGGCAAUGAGACGGGAGCAAACGCUGUUAUGCGCGUUUUCCUUGAGGGAAUAUUUCAAAUGGCUUAAUUUAAGAGUGCAGAGCAGUUUUUGAUUUCCAAACGAGGUGCGGUCUUAUUAAUUUUCUUGGUCACCACUUUACGCACGUCUUUUUUUUUUUUUUCUUUUUUGGAACUUUUGGACUAGGCGACUGACACGCAGACAAGCGAGACCCACGGUGGGACAACACCAUGACACUGUGUGUGCUCGCCUUGGUUGGAUUUUGCUUUGGGGCUUAUUACUGCACAUCCCCGGCGGCGGGGAGCUACUACUCACUGGACGGGAGCAGCCAAGCGCACCCCGGCUUCAUCCAGCGACGCCUGAGGACGCACGAGAGGAGGGAGAUGCAGAAGGAGAUCCUGUCCAUCCUCGGCCUGCCGCACAGACCCAGGCCGCAUCUGUCUCACGCAAAGUACAACUCGGCUCCGCUCUUCAUGUUGGACCUGUACAACAGCAUCUCCAGCGGGGACGCGAGCCGAGCGGACGGCGCGUCGGAACGUUAUGAGCCCGUGCGGACGACCCGGAGCCCGCCGCUGGCCACGUAUCAAGAAGCGGCUUUUCUCAACGAUGCUGACAUGGUGAUGAGCUUCGUUAAUCUGGUGGAUCACGACCGGGAGCUCUCUAUUCAACGGCAGCACCACAAAGAGUAUAUGUUCAACCUGUCGCAGAUCCCGGCGGGCGAGGCCGUCACCGCCGCCGAGUUCCGCCUCUACAAAGAGUGUGUGAACCGAGCUUUCCACAACGACACCUUCCUACUCAGAGUCUACCAAGUGGUCAAGGGACACCCAGACAGAGAGGCGGACCUGUUCCUGCUAGAGUCCCGCAGGCUAUGGGCACUGGAAGAGGGUUGGCUGGAGUUUGACAUCACAGCCUCUAGCAACCUGUGGGUGAUGAGUCCUGUGCACAACCUUGGCCUGCAGAUUAGCGUGGAGACCAGUAGUGGGCAAAGUAUCAGUCCCAAAGACGCCGGGUUGGUCGGGCGGGACGGCGCUCUGGAGAAGCAGCCCUUCAUGGUAGCGUUCUUCAAGGUCAGCGAGGUGCACAUCCGCAGCUCCCGCUCGACUGGCGGCAAACGUCGCCAGCAGAACCGCAAUCGAUCCGCGCCAACGCAGGAGGCGUCCAGAGGGCCGAGCCAAGCAGACUACAAUGGCAGCGAUCAGAAGACGGCCUGCAGAAGACACGAGCUCUACGUUAGCUUUCGAGAACUCGGCUGGCAGGACUGGAUCAUUGCUCCGGAAGGCUACGCCGCCAAUUAUUGCGACGGCGAGUGUUCCUUCCCCCUCAACGCUCACAUGAAUGCCACCAACCACGCCAUUGUACAGACUCUGGUGCACCUGAUGAAUCCCGAGAAUGUCCCGAAACCCUGCUGCGCCCCCACCAAACUCCACGCUAUCUCCGUUCUCUACUUCGACGACAACUCCAAUGUCAUUUUGAAGAAAUACAAAAACAUGGUGGUGCGAGCCUGCGGCUGUCACUGACAGAGAGGAGGGGACCGCGGUGGAUGGUUGGACUGGCCAUCGGUUCGGUUAGUCGGGCCCGUACGGGAGACGCUUGAGUGGUUACGGUCGUCCCAUGGCCGUCUAAGCGUUAACUUGGUAAAUCAGACCAAAAUCUGAGGUCACGUCACCUCUGAGCUAGGUGGCUUCAAGUUAUUGUGGUGUGCACUGCAUUUACUCCACCAAUGAGUGGGCAAAACUGAACUGUGAUUGGACCAGUCAGAGUGCUGCUGUUAUGCCCUUCUAAUGGCAGGUUUUUACAAGGCAUCGUUGAGGUGGACAGAAAAUGUCAAUGUUGUCUUAUUACACAUUAGAGUGGAAUUUAUUAUCCUCAAUCUGAAAUAUAUGCUCGUAUGGCUGUAAAAUUCUUAUCAGCUCUUGUGAGUUCAAGUGCCAGUCAAAGUCCCUCCAGGAGAUAGCCCCAUUCUCAGGGCUGGGGAGGGUUCAAGGCAAAUUUUUGCUGAAUUGACCCAUUAGAUCAUUAAUGUUCCUGUAAAGUGACAAUUCAGUAUCAACACAUGAAUACUUUGGUAGGAAAAUACUUCAAAAGGAGCAACAUGUAAGAUUUGCACUUCAAUUGUUCAUUAAAUUACCCUAAUAUUUGCACGAUUGUGUGCACUUGUACUAGGUGUACUUGCGUGCACGUAUGUACGUGUACUUGCAUACACUACGUGUACGUACAUGUGCACGGGCACUACAUGUACGCGUGCCGCUAGUGCUACGUGGGCUAGUACAUGCGCUAGUGCUACGUGCUCUGGUACGUGCGCUAGUGCUACGGGUGCUAGUGUCAAGUGCGCUAGCGCUAAGUGCGCUAGUACUACGUGCGCUUGUAUGUGUGCUAGUGCUACGUGCGCUAGUACGGGUGCUAGUGCUACGGGUGCUAGUGUCGCGUGCGCUAUUGCUAAGUGCGCUGGUACGUGCGUUAGUGCUAGGUGUGCUAGUAUGUGCGCUAGUGCUACGGGUGCUAGUGUCACGUGCGCUAGUGCUAAGUGUGCUGGUACGUGCGCUAGUGCUAGGUGCGCUAGUGCUACGUGCGCUAGUGCUACGUGCGCUAGUGCUACGUGUGCUACGGAUGCUAAUAGCGCUAGUGUUACGGGUGCUACUGUUGCUACGUGCGCUAGUGCUAAGUGCGCUGGUGCUACGUGCUCUAGUGCUACCUGCGCUACGUGUACGUUCUUCUUUGAAAGAUAACCGGCAGAAAACAAGCAGUACUAGCAUGGUUACUACUAGGUUAAUACUACAGGUUUCAAUGCGAGCGCGCGUCUAUAUUGACCCCCUUCCGGUUUACGAUGGUGACGUCCCGCAGCCUUGCGGUCUGAAAAUGGCAUUCGUCGGUACCCUAUUGGCCCACAAGCACAUGUACUUUUACCAUUUGUGCUGCAAAGAAGUGACUUUUUUCCCCCCGUCCAUGUUCACUUACUGUUGCCCAAACAUUCAAUUACUGUACACAGGUUAACCACUUCUGCUAUUAGGGUGCUCAAAUUUUUAUAUUAUUUUUAUACAGCUCAUGCAAAAACUGGAACGGCGAAAAACAUCUUCACAUUAGAGUACGACUUAUUUGUCUAUCAUUGCAAAUUUGCACACGGUUUCUACAAUUACCUUCAAUAAUGUAUUUAAACAGAGCUCUGAAUUCACUUUACAGGAUCUUUAAUGACAAGAUAGGUGGUGUAAAAUGUCAACUUGUGUGUUUCUACAAGUCAAAACUUCAUUCUUUGGUUGUUCUUGCCACAUUUAUUUGCUUCUCAAAUUAUAUUUACAGUCCCAAAAUAUAAAACAGACUGAACCAAAGAGUCCGCAAGGCUAUUUUAGCAGCACCUUUCUCCAAAUAAAACCCCCCAGUGUCAAUAUUUGUGCGUUCAAGUUGAUGCAUGUUGUGGUCCAAACAAGUCGAGAAGGCCUUAUCCAACCAACACGUUCACUUCUGUCGCUGCACGUCAAGACGGUGCACAAACGCACCGUUCUAGCAGUUUACUCUCUUUUUAUUCAAGUUUGAGGGUCAUUUGUAUUUUUGGAAUUGAACACGUUACUGAGGAGUCAUUUAGACAAUAUAUUGUAAAGUAAUGAUACUUAGUUAAUAUCUUAUGUGCCUAGCCGAUCAAACAAAAUAUACCUCCGGUAAGCUGCUGUUUACAUUUCUGAUCAUGUUUAGAGUGUUCUUGUGUAAAUACUUAUUUAUUGCACUUUUUUUGUCAAUUACAAAGUACACCUUAUGAGAGAGAGACUGAGAACCAAACCUAUUUUGGAAUUUUUUUAUUAUGAAAUCUCAACAUUUUUUUGGUAACAAAUCCAUGGGCAGUGCACAACCCAUGACUGCAUAACAGGAAAAAAAAAAGUGUCACUGGAGUUCCUUCAACCAUGUGCUUUCCAUAAAAAAAUUUACUGGCAAAAACUGCUUUGUCUGUGUACCUGGUUUUACAUUGUCACAUGAACAUGACAUCUCAUUUACACUUUGUGCAAACAUGAAAAAGUUUGACACAGUUUCAUCACAUGGAGAGAGAGAGAAAAAUAUGGGUUUGAUUAAAAUGUUGAUUACUCAGUGCUUUGACCCCACUGGGCCACAGAAAACACUUGCUUUCACAGGUACAAACAAUGGGACUUUUAAAAACUUUUCAGAAUGUCAACAGGUGGGUAGUAACUACAGGCCGGCCGAUCCUUUUUCCCCCCCAAACAUCGGUCGAUUAACAAAACAAGACGAUCAAAAUUUUGAUCAGGCAUCUGUGAGGGCAACAGAGGCCGCCACUGACUGAUAGUCGGACCCCGCAUGGACCCCGCAGCAGCUUGAAGGCAAGCUGCUACAGGAAGCUUCAGGCUUGCCUGUUUUGUAAAUACUGUAAGAUUUUUUAAAAAUCUUGCAUUACAGAAUAUGCAAUGUUGCUUUAACUUUUUAAAGUGUUUACCGACUGAUACUUUCGUUCUCAAUGUAACUCGUAGCAUUAGCUUUAGCAUGGAUAGCAUCCUGUCAAUCUCAUUUGGUUACAUCUUUUGAUGUCCUGGUGGGUUUUGAGUCUCAGGUCAUCAUUGUAAAUUUGAAGCUGUUGAAGCAAUUUUUAA